AUGUUUCGUGACAGUCUUCCUAUUACUGCCGAACGUUUUGUUAGUCCUACAGGAAAGGUCUAUUCACUCAAGGACCAACCGAGAUUUACCGAAUCUCUUGGAAAGGAUCUGUUGAUACUUGACGUCGAGACGCGUCCUCUUCAUGGUAAUGGCCAGAUUCUGAACGGGCGCCCCUUAAAUCUCGACGACGCAACAUUCGAUACAAUGAGUCGACUGGAUCAUUAUAUGUACGCACGCACACAUGGGUAUGACUAUAAGCUCGUCAAGGCCUGCGAAGUCGAUCUAAAAGGAAGCUACACCAAGGUCCCCGCGAUGCAAAAGCUCUUGCGAGAUUACAAAUUUGUCGUUUUUUUGGACGGAGAUACACUAUUCCCAUACCCUCAUAUUCCUUUCGAAUGGCUUAUGAACCUAUGGGGUAUCACUAAUGAGACUUUGAUUGCUAUGCCGGAGGAUGUCAACGAAGCGUGGAGCUACGACUCUCGCGGUGGCUUGAUUCUCAAUUCCGGAUUUAUAGUGGUACAACAAUCCGCUCGCACCCACGAACUACUCGAUGCAUGGGCCACCUGCCCUCAGGAGACACGAUACCAUGGGUGCGCCAAAUAUAAGGAUGAUUGGCCAAAAGAGCAGUACACUUUCUCAAACUGGGUUCGGUAUGACUUUAAUCGGUCAGAAGAAGUGAUAGCUAUUCCUUGCACACAUGCAAUGGGCUACCCCGGCGCAACUCAUGGCGGGGAUAUCUGUCAUGGAGAGCUUAUGACACAUUAUACCACGGCGAAGGGAGAAACAUCUGCGGCCGUCCAGAGAUCGAUUAUGCAGUAUAUAAUUCGAGAGGUGCAUCGACAAUUUCACCACGAAUAUGACGAGGUGGUACUUGACGAAGUUGAGGGAUAA